AUGUCCGGCCCCUUAAUCUGCGCCCGAUAUGAUCCGUCGUACACCUAUAUGGCGUCAGUGAUCCAGGCGCUAGACCAGCACCAAAUACGAGUGGAGUCGCUUGUUCUUUCCCAGGACCUGCUAAGCACCCUGCUAACUUUGAACAAAGGCGCCAAGUUGUCAACUUUGGAGUGGAUUUCCUCCGACCGCAUUGCAUUGUGCCAAACUAACGGCACUGUUCUCAUCUACUCCCCAUCUUCCAACAGCAUAGAAGGUGAGCUUGAAAGUCCCACUUCUGUGGCCAUCUCCGACUUCCAUUUUUCUCCAGUGACCCACACAGCAUGGGUCUCUGACAUCAGCGGAACAGUGUUCGAGUGGGACCUUCAAGACUUCAAGCUUUUGCAGAAAUUUGCCCUCAGCGACAUGCUUGACACUACAGAGAAGAUUUCCAAACUCUCUUCCACCAGCUACGACGAUGAGGCUCAUUUGCUUAUCGGAACACACAACGUUUACUUGGUGGAUAUCUUUGCUAAGAAGAUCGUCAAGACCUUUCCCGCUCAUGUGCAGCCCAUCACUGCUCUCAUGCCUGUCCCGGGUAAUUCAGAUUUGUUCAUCACUGCUGCAGAGGAAGACCGGUUUGCCAACAUUUAUUCCAUUGCUAAGGGAUCGACAAAAGCAGUCUUAGCAGCACAAUCCCCAAUCCAACAGGUGGCUGUCGGUGUGCAUGAAAAUGAUUCUAUUGUGGCAGUCAUCGUAGAGGACAGAAGUCUUGAGAUCUUCAAAGACCCAUUCUGCUUUGAGGCCUCCCCUCAAGAAACAUCCAGAAAGAAAAGAAAACAGCUUGCCUCCAUGGUACAGUCCAAACACAGCGACGCCAGUCUCAAAUUUGCUAGACCCGAAGAUGAAGUGAGAGGACCUGAUGAUGAAAACUUGCCCUUGUCGGCUGUUGCUGCUACAGACAGUGUGUUGCAUGUUUCGUGGUUGGAGAACGCCUCCAUCUCGCGCUUUGAUACUUUGCCUUGGCUCACGGCCUCUGGGGAGUUUGCAUUCUCAGGUUCUAAGACUAUUCGUAGAAGCAAGCAGCAAAUUAAGCAACCCAGCAGAACCGAAAAAGGACAUGAUUCUGCUGCUGGAAGACACUACAGCGAAACACACACAGUGAUCACUGAAGGUACAGCUUUUCAAAAUGAUUUGGAAACCGGCGAUGACGACGAAGAAGAAGAGUCAUUGGCAGACAGGUUGAACAAGUUGAAUGGUGGAAACAGCACAAAAGAGGAGGUUGGGAAGAAGAGGCUCAACAGACACACGUCAGGUACAUUGACGGUUGUCCUUUCGCAGGCAUUGAGAAACAAUGACCACUCAUUAUUAGAAACUGUCUUGUGUAACAGAGACCCCAGCGUGAUUCAAAAGACAAUCAAUAGACUUGAUUCCUCCUUGGCCAUUAUCCUUUUGGACCGUUUGGCCGAGCGUCUUACCCGUCAGCAGCUGAGAUUCGAGCAGUUGAAUUUCUGGCUCAAAUGGAUCAUCAUUAUUCACGGUGGAGUGUUGUCUUCGAUGCCAAAUAUGAGCAACAAAUUGGCCAGCUUGCAUGCUAUCUUAACCAAGAAAGCGCAGCAGUUACCUCGUUUGUUGGAGUUGCAAGGCAGACUCAACAUGAUGCAACAGCAAAACCACUUGAGGAAAGAAAUUUUGGACGGCUCUGUCGUACAAGAUGACUACGACGAUGCUGAUACUGAUGUGGAGUACGUGGAAGAAGUGGAUGAUGCCAUUGAAGCUGGCUUGAUAGAUAGUGACGAAGACCUUGAUAUGGAAGCCGCAGACGAUUACGACGAGAUGAUGGACGAAGAAGACGAAGGAGAAGAAGUGGCAGAAGGAGACUUGGCUGAAGAUGAAGACGGAUUGAGUGAUGUGGAAACUGCGGUGGAAAAGAAUGACGUCUUCGAAGAGUAA